CUAGCUAAUUACCGAUGUUGGUAGUUUCUGCUUUCAAUGGUGGAACAUUCAAAGAUUGAAGAUAUGGAUGUUAUCAGUAGUUAUAAUAAUGGGAUCAAAGCAGAGUUGUCAUAGUUCUCAAAGUUUUUCACAAGCUGCAGAUAAUCAAGCAGUGGAGGUGAUUUCUAACAGCCAAAGGACUGGUGGUAGACACAGCUCUUCUUCUGACAUAAGACAGCGUACUCGAAGUCUUACAAGUAUGAUUAACGGGCAGUCUGGUCAAACUCUUGGAUUGUCCUCAGUUCGUGGAACUAUUGUAGGUGGUUCAAGAUCACCUGAUUCAGACCUUAGCUCACCUGAUGACAUGCUGGCCUUCAGUGGAAUGUUUUCUACUCAUUCCCUACCCAUACAGCUACUCACAUUGAAUGGAAUAAAAUGUCCAGUUUGUUCUAAAAUAGUCGUUUCUGAUGAUGUUGAGUACCACCUGGUUAUGUGUCUAACAAAGCCAAGGAUUAGUUACAAUGAGGACAUUCUGGCUGAAAACAAGGGAGAGUGUGUAAUUUGUCUGGAAGACCUUCUUCAAGGAAAUACCAUUGCACGUCUUCCUUGCCUUUGUAUAUAUCACAAAAUGUGUAUUGAUGAGUGGUUCCAAGUCAACAGGUCUUGUCCUGAACAUCCUAAUGACUGAUGUUUGUUGAUGUUAGGAGGCAUUUCAAAGAAAAUUUGUUUAUGUUUGUCAUCUUCAGAGGUGGACUUCCAGUUUGUACAUGAAAUCGACUGGUUGAAACAAGUAGAACUUUUCUCUGCCAAACAAAGAAAAAAAAGUAUUGUUUUGAGUGCUGUGCCUUUGUAGUAUAAUAGUAAAUAGUGUAAAAGCCACCUUUUUCCAAGCUGCUGUAGUUUGUUUUUCUCUGUUUUAAUUGCAAAGUUACAUCUAAAUAGUUAUAGUUGAUGUCCAGUUGAGAUGCCAGAUUUUCAUUUUGUAGACUGGAAUCUUUUUCUGUAUCAUGUAUUGUUUUCUGGCUACCUCAGAAAGGAAAACAGUUUUUGUUAUACAGUUUAUGCUACUACAAGUUUUAUAGUGUGUAGAACUUUACUAUUAACAGUUUUGUAUAUUAAAUUCUUAGUUAAGCAUUAGAAGUUUUGUCAUUAGAUUCCAGUAAAUGGAAAUUAAUUUGGAUAAUGUUAAUAUCAUGCAAUUUGUGGAGGUUUCCUGUAUAUUAUUAUUAUUACAUGUAGUAGAAUUCUUUAUUGUCCUUUCUUGUGAAAUAUCUUUUUUAAACUUCAGUGUGUAGUAAAGUGUAUAAAAGGAUGCUGAUAAGCAUUCUUUUCUGAAUCAGUUAAUACUACCUUUGAUGUUUAUUAUUAGUAUUAUCAUUGUAUUUGUUUAGGUGAUGUCUGUCUUCAUUUCCACACCAUGCUGUGGCCAUAAUUUCCAUAUGUUUUUUUGCAUAAUGUAAUACUUCUUUGUAUUUUAGCCUCAUUAUUGAAUUAAGUAAUCAUUUAUAAUUUUAACUACUGAACCUAAAAUAUCAAUUUUCACCAUUAAUUCAGUUUACAACUUGAAGUAAUACUAAGUACAGUUUUGAAAUCAUAACUUUUCCAGUGGGUACCUUCUUAUGAAAAAUCAUACAGUAGUAAUUGUAAAAGGGGCCAAUGAGAUCAAUUUUUUUUUACACUAUAUUUUAUUUAUUUUCGGAAACUUAAGCCAUAAUCAUCUGAUAUUAUAAUGAAAUAUAGCUUGUACAUGGCAAAUUAUGGGGUGUUAAGUUAUUAACUCCACCUUUGUAAAACUGUAUAUUUUAUAUUAUUCUAACCAAAAAAAUUUAUAUUUAUAAGCUUGUAUACAAUUAAAAAUUGAUAUUUAAAAUUUCCAGAACAACAUUGGCAUUCAUGGCUGGCUGAAACAAAUACAUGGACACAUUUAGAUUUUUUAAUAAACAUACUAUCUCACAUUAGGAAACGAAAACAAAACCUUCUCCAGCCAAAAACUGCAACUCCAAGCAAUAUCAACGCUCUUUAGAUCAACUAGUCUUUAGAUUUAGAUGUUUGAGAGUUGUAUAAGUAAAAAAGUAAACCAACAUCUCUUAUGCCUUUUAGUUUUGGAAGAAAUUUUGAGAGCUUAAUGUUUUCAUGUUUUUUUAUUAUUUUUUUUGGUUGUUUGUUUAGUACAUCCAGAAAGUGUUUUUUUAGCUUUGUGGGUUUCAUUACAAUAGUGGUUCAUUAUAAUACUUACAUAGUUAACUAUCCAAAGUUGAUUGGCCUCAUGAGUGUAUACUAAAUGUACAUUGGAAUACAUUUUUUGCAUGAUAAAGUUCCCUAAACUCACUUUAGAACUCCCAAAAUUUUCGUUGGAUAUAAUGUUAAUUUUUUUUAUUGUAGCUAAACACUGAUCUCUGCACAUUCUUGUUGUCAAUGCAGCAUAUGGACAAUGGAACUUCUGUUUUGGGCCUUGGAAUACUAUUACUCUUCAAGUAUGUCAUUACCAGACUAAUGGAUUGUGUUUAGAAUUAGUUGCACUACCCCAAUAAAAUUAUUUUCAUAAAAUGGCGGCUUCAUUCUCAGAUAUUUGAGUGGCUGUGUAUUUCAAUAACAAUUUUCCAUUAUUUUGGCAUUUUUUGUUAGAUCCUCUUGUGGUAAGAGUAGAAUUCCUUUAGGAUUGUCCCCUCAUAUUCAUGCAUUAGGGUCUAUAUUAAAGUUUAAUUUAUCAUGUAUUGUGUAAUUUUGAUAGUUAGUCAUACAGUUCAUCGUAUUUUGUGUAAUUCUGAUAUUGGUUGUGCAGUUCAUCACAUAUGUAAUUCUGAUAGAAUGAUGUGUGGUUCUGAAUUACAUAAUGCACAAUUUAGAGAUGGUAAUUUCUGUCUUCCUAAUAAUAAAUAAGAUUCUGCUUGACUUAGAGGAACAUAUUUUCACAGGACUUCUGAAGUAUAACAUCUUAGAUCAAGAUGGAGCCUUCCAAUUAAAAUGUUGCUAAAGAGUUUUUUUUUUAAUCAAUCACAGUACACGAUACAAAUUAUAUUGGGAAAAAACAUCAUACAAUUAUGGUUAGCAUAGCUCUGCUUUUGUCUGUAAUGAGUUGUGCUACUAUAUUAUACAUAUUCCAAAAUCAAAGUUUGCCAAUUGGAUUGUGUAGUUUAGAAAAAUCAUUAGUAAAAGUUCUGUCACUCAAUUUUAGAUAUAUAUAUAUAUAUACAUUCUCUUGUAUUUUAUGAGGUCUGGGUAUUGUUGUUGUCUUAUCUUUCCAUGUUCAGUCAUGAGCUUCACUUCUAUUUUAUUUAUUAAUCCAGAUACUCCUUUUAUAUUUCUCUUUGCACCAGUAAAGGAUCAAGGAUGCAGUGAUGGGCAAAGUAUUGAAAAUAUUUACUUGAAUAAAAGUCUUGUUGCAUUAGAAAAUAUUCACUCAAGUAAAAAGUCAAAAUACCUGUUGUUGAUGACUACUUAAGUAAAAGUAAAUAGUACCGAAUAUAUACAGUACUUAAGUAGCAAUAAAGUGAAAAGUAUCAACAAAAAAUAAGUAAUGAUAGCAUUUUUAAAAAUAGCCUACAUUAGACUUAAAUUCACUCAUAAAAGGCAUUAACAAAUAUAAACUCAACAAACUUUAUUUUGUUUUUAUUAAAACAAUGAAUAUUACUAUCUAUGGUAUAGGUCUUCACACACUCCACUUACUAUUUAGCUUCAGCAGCAUCUGAUUUUCAAAGUUCCUACUAGACAGAUUAGCUCAUCUUGGUGUGAACAAGAGUCCUACAGAACUAAACAAAUGCUUGCAUGCUGCAGAAGCAGGCAAGGGAAUAUUUGCAAUAAUUGAAGCCUUUAGGAUAGAUGAGAAACUUUUCAGAAUCUCCAUGCUGACUGAAGUGUUUGUCAUGUACCCAUCUAACUCUCUGAUCUCACUAUGGGUACAGGUCUUCAGAAACAAAAUCUUCAUCAUCCGAUGAGCUGUUGUGGGGAUCGAUCCUGAUCGAGAAUGUCUGUCGAUGCUUCUUCUUCCUGUCUGAUGUACUCCAGAUCUGACAUGGAAAUAAUUAGCUUUAUCGGGGAGAAUAUACAUAACAGAGUUCAAUACUACACAAUAAAUGUGACACAGAAACUGUAUUUACUAAUAGUAUGAAUUUGAUAACCAGGAAUUUUGAUUAAAUCUCUCCUUGGGCAGGUUAGGUUCUAUUAGCAUUAUUCAUUUUUGUAAUGUAAAUUGGUAUUACUAUAAACAAAUGCAUGGUUUUGAACUAUUAAGAAUCCUAAUAGCAAAAAUUUAUAGUACAUAUUUCCAUUAACAAUGAGCAAUGACAUGCUAAAAAAGAAGAAAGAGAAAGUAGGAUCACAUUCUCUAACCUUUUUUGAUGAUUCUAUCAUCUUUGAUCCAUGUAGUCUUGAAUCUCAGCAACAAGAUUACAACAGCAAUCAGCUCUGCAUCCUCCAUCACGUGGCCAAAGCAGUUCUUGAUACCAGAUUCCACAGCACUUACAAGUGAUGUACAGGGCUUGGUUGAGAGCUUGAUCUUUCCUAGCUUUGUCAGCAGCAAGUAGAUUAUAGGCAGUAGCCACCCCAUCUGUGUGUUUUUCUCUGAUUGUAUGAUGUCCAGUGCCUUGGCCACUGGUUUCAUAAUGACAUAGUACUCUGUCAGGAAUGCCAGCUCCACAAGAUUUAACCUGUCAGUUUACAUAAUUUUAAUCAAAUACUCUAAUAUAAAACAACUUACACAAUAAGAAACAAAAAUAGAAUCAUGCUUUAAAAAAGAUUGAUUAGUAAAUUACAAAAUAUGUAGGAAUAGAAAAUGCAGUAUAGGAAAUGUCAUAACUGUUUACAGUGAUUCAUUCGGAUAAUACCAAUUCUAGAUUCAGCUGGAUAGAACGUAGCAGUACCAAGAUGUCAAGUAUAAUUAUUAUUAUUAUUUAGCACUAAAAUAGCCACAAGGUAAAAAGAAUACUAUAAUAAUCAAUAUGUUACUCACAUUUUUAUCUUAAAUUCAGCUCAAACGUUCCUGACGGAAUCUUCCCCUUUCUCAUUGCGAAUCUGCAAGAUCCUCUCCACAACCAGGGACAGAGAGUAUCAUCGAGUCUGAUUAGGGCAAAUAAACUAUAACUGACAUUGAUCAUCACCAGUUUCUGAGACUACUGCUGAUCGCCCAGUUUUGUUCCAAAGUGUUGAUCUUGAAAGCUUUUUAUAGCAAGUGUCAUUAGAUUCGGCCUCCCUGAUAACCACAGUUGAUGCUAGAUUCAACAAGUGGAAAGCACAGUGUUGAUGUGUUGGGAGCUGGUACUUGAGGCUUUCGUCCUUCUCUAGAAUGUUCUUCUUGAUCUUAAUUCAUUUGUUCCAUGGUUUCAUUAUCUUGUGAAUGGCAUUCCCAGUUCUCUACUGCAUUGUCUGCUCCAUACACUCUAAAGGCUUUGAUGAAAUUCAAGCCAUUAUCAGUGGUGAUCUUGAGAAUCUUGUUCUUAAUCCGAAACUCAGAGUGAAUGUCAUUUAAGAUACUGGCCAAGACAUCAAAGGCAAUUGAGUCCUUUAAACACCUACUUGCCAGUUCAGCAUAUUAUCUUUCUAAAAUCAAGGUAGCUGCAUCUCCUUCCUCUCCAGCAGUCUCUUCAUUCAUUGCAUUGAUCGAUUAUUUGUUCAUAGAUUCAGCAGCGUCAUUGAUCUUUGAGCAAACAGUCUCCCUUGUAAUGAGGUUGUAUGAAGGCUGGAGUCCAUGAACAAGCUGUUGGAAUGCUGGUAACUUGAUGCUGAAUGGUUGAAGGCUCUGAGUGAUUAAUUUAAUCACAAGCUUGUUGAUUGCCUCUUUUGUUGUAGUCCUGAAUACUGCAUGGGACAUAAUCUUGGGCUGCUUGCUCGACGAGGAAGAAUCUGUUUUCUCAGUCUUCCUCUUCUGAGCAGUUAACUCAGUGUACCUCUGGAGCUGAAGUUAGUGGAUGCACUGAUAUUAGUGACAUAUAGCAAGACAAGUCUUUUUCUGUCUGUUUAUUUUAGCAAAUAUAAUUUAUUCAACCUCAGGUUAUUUUGCUUGACUUUUCACAUUAAGUGAGUUAAACUACUAUUAAUGCAACUAUGUUCCCUUCCUAGAAAAUGGUGCUCCCCUAUGAAGUACAUUUUGAUGAUGCCCCUAUAUAUAUAUAUAAUAUACACACACACACAUAUA